AUGGAUCAAAGAAUUGAAAAUAGAGAUAUUUCAGACCAUGCUCCGAUCUGGUUGUUUGUUGGUUUGGUUAAUUGGGGUCCAAAACCUUUUCGGUUUAACAAUGAGUGGUUCAAACAUAAGGAUUUCAAGUAUUUUAUCUCGGAAGAAUGGGGAAAGUUGAAUGUUAUAGGAAAGAAGGAUUUUAUGUUGUAUGAGAAACUUAGAAGGUUGAAACUCCGUCUUCGUGAUUGGAAUAGGGAGGUGUUUGUGUGGAUAGAUUUGAAAGUUAAAGAGGAGGUGGAUAACCUCAACAUGUUGGAUAAUUUGUUGGUGGAUAACAUCGGAGAUAAUGUGGAAGCUUUGGUUAGUAAUAGGCGGGAGGUUUCAAAGGAGAUUUGGAAUAAUUUAAAUAUGAAAGAGAGUGUGCUUAGACUAAAAUCUAGGCAACUUUGGUUGAAAGAGGGAGAUAAGAACUCAAGAUUUUAUCACAACUCUAUUAAGGAUAAACAAAGAAGAAAUUUGAUUUCAUCCUUGGAGGGAAGGAACGGUAGAGUUGAGGGUGUGGAAAACAUUAAGAACGAGGUGUUUUGUUACUUUCAAGAUUUCUCCAAAGAAGAAAAUAGAGAAAGACCAAUUCUAGAAGACUUGCUUUUAAACUGGUUGUGUGAGGGUGAUGCCGAUUGGUUAGAGAGAACUUUUACGGAAGAAGAGAUUAGGGAAGCCGAGUGGGCUUGUGAUGGUAAUAAGAGUCACGGGCCGUAUGGAUUCACGUUAUACUUUUACAAAGGUAAUUGGGAGUUGGUUAAAGAGGAUGUUGGCACGUUUGUAUCGGAUUCUUUGAUAAGGCAAGGCUAA